GCGGUGGUUAGUCGGCGCAACUUCGGGGGAGAGCCCUCCAAUUCCAAAGCGAACUACCAAACGGUAUAUAUGCUCCGCCCGGUCUCGCAGCCCACAACCCUAAGGAUCACUCUCCCGAAGCAAUGGGUGCCUCCACCGCCCAACCGACGCCGUACUCCACGGCGGCUCUUCCGUCGGCCGCCGACUCCGUCCCGCUCUCCCCCUCGUCUCAGAAGAGGAUCGGAAAACUUGCUGACGUGGUUCUGGCAAACCUCGCCAAGUUGGGCCCUACCAGUGGAGUGCCUGCAUCCCAUUCCCGAAACAGCAUCGAGAAGCAACUCAGCAAGCUAUUCCCAACGUUCCAGACUCCCGAUCACCCUACCUAUGCUGUGAUGAUUCGCAGGGCAAUUCAGGAACUAAAUGAGGAAGGGGGUUCUAGUGAGGAAUCGAUAUCUAAGUUCAUUAAGGCAGAAUAUCAGGAUUUGCCAUGGGGACAUACCAGCUUGUUGAGUCAUCAUCUAAAGAAGCUCAGUGAAUGUGGGGAUAUUGUUUCUGCAUCUGCAAACCGUUACGUUUUAACAGUUGGUGACAACAAUAUCUCGGUACCUGAUAGAAGGGAUAAAGGUAAGAGAGGAGGCCGGCUAAGGAGUGAGAGAAAAAAGUUACGCAAAAAGAAAGAUUCGUUGUCUGAGAAAGAGAAUGUUGGAGCUGAGGAUAUAAGUAAGCAGCAAGGUUUAGUGAUUCAAGUUACCAAUCCAUUGAAGAAAGCUCUUCCAUCAGUUAGGGGGACUGAGGGCAAGUAUCAAUUGCAGCAUCAGCAAGUUCAGCUAAAUAGACAAAAGGAGCUGGAUGUGAUGAAUGAAGGAAGAAUAGGGGUUGAAGCGAAUGAAGUACUGCAUGAAGCACAUAUGCAGGAAUGUGAAAGAAUUGAGAUCUUGGAGAAAGCACAAGGGGGAACCUUUCAAGCAAUUGAAGAAGGAAAACGAGAGUGCCAACAAUCCGUAGCAGUUCAGCUGAAAGAGGAACGUCCUCAACAGCAUGAAAUAAUUGAAGAAUCUAGACCUGCAGAGCAGGAAAAUGAAGUAAUUGAAAAUCAAGCUCAAUUGUGUGAGCAGCAUGACAAAGAUCAUAGUCAAUCAAUUGUUCACAAGGAUGAACAUGGCAAAGAUCAUUGUCAAUCAAUUGUUCACGAGGAUGAAGCUCAAAAACAAAUUGAUGUGGUUGUUGUGGAGCAGAAUCCUCAACAUCAAACCCAGGAUAACGAAGCCAUGGAAGAAGACUAUGCAGGGGACGACCUUGAUGGGAAACUAGUUGAACAGGAUAAAGUUGAAGUCAUCAAGGAGCAUGACCUACUAGAUCAACAGUAUGAAAUUCUUGGCUUACAACUCCAGAUGUUGGAAGAAGAAAUAGCAGGGAUGGGAGAGCUAACCAAUCACCCAAGGCAACAAAUUGAAUUGGCUGAUGAAAAUGUUGUGGCACAAGAAACAUUAAUUGAGUCGAGGAACAGAAGUACUGCUGUUGGCAUGGUGCAGGAGCAGCUACGUGAGAAACAAGGGGAGAUUCUCUCUGUUGUGGUCGGACCAGAUCCACUUCCUAGUGCUCAUACUUUUGAGGAAGUAGGUCCGUCACAUAUUUCCAAGGAGAAGUGUAUACAACUGCUAAAGAGGAACAAAGAGAUUGAGGGUCGGCUCAUGGCAAUACUUGAAUCUUGGAAUGCGAUGGAGGCUUCAACCCACGUGCCUUGGCAGAACCUGCUGGUGGAAGGGAAGGAUCAUAAAGCAGCACAGGGGCAACCGUUGACAAGCGACGGUGGAGAAAUAGAAAUUUCCACACAGAUGUGCCAGCAAGAAGGGACUCAUACUCAAUUGAAGGCACCAAUAUUCAAUGUGAAGAAACAAGCGGAGUUUUCUAGUUCCAAGAGGUCCCCAGAAGUUGAAGCAGCAGUCUUGCACAAUCAAUCUAUGAGGGAGACGCAACCAAAGCUUUCUGACCAUGACUUAACCAGAUCACUGGAAGUUGAACCAGAGGCACAAACAACUAAUCUUCUUGUGGACAAGUCCGCUGGAUCAGGAUCAAUAACUACUGGUGCCUCUUUUGAUGUGCCACUUGUGGAUUUAGGGAAGGUUAAGAAGGUCCAAGAAACCGAAAUUUCUGCUCCUAAAUAUCGGGCUGAAAGUUUUAGUCAGCAGAAGCCACCUGAGUCUCAGUCAGAUGCUGCCAUUUUUGCACGAGAGGAUGUGCAGGCCUAUGAGCAAGCACAAUUAUUAGAACAUUCGCAUAAAGGAAAAACUUCACUGGUUAGAUUGCCAUUCAAAGAAGCAACUGCUUUGCCGCAUGUACCUGUGGAUUUGGAGCAUGGUGAGAGAAACCAAACAUCAUACCAGCUCGAUGGGGAGAGGCAGCAAGAACUUUCUGUUCAAGGCCAUGCGAUGGUGCUAGAAGCAGCUAAAUUUAUGCCUCCAUGUCAGACUCAACCGCAGAAUCUUGGACAACAACAGCAAGCGAAACUCCAGCCUUGGGGACAAGGCUUCUUGAAUGUCAAAGGAAAUGGUGCUUCUGCCUUUAGGAUGGAGUCAAUAUCACCACACAGCAAGCAACUGAGUCCUGAGCGGCAUAAAUUCUUAGAAUCCCAAACAAGUUCUGCAUCUGCGUUUGCGGAUGGACUGCCUACAGCAGUGCAUCAUGAUCAGGUGCAGGAUGAACUGCUACGGGGAAAAUUCCUUCCUCGGGGUUGUAAGCUUCCUCAUUCUGAAGCAUCUGCCCCCCCUUUAAUUAAUGAGCGAGAGAAUAAGGCAAACAAGAAUAGCAGGCCGAUCAGGUGCUAUGGCCUAGAGUUAUUUGACCGUGAAGCAGUUUCUCCUUUCUCAUUUUUGCCGAAGUCCUUGCAGCCAGAGCAGAAGAGAAGAAGGCUUUUGCAGCAGAAGCCCCUCCAAUCUGAAAAGAUGGCUACAACGCCUAAAAUGCUACUCCUUCGGCAUGAGCAGCCAUGGGAGCUUAAGAGCAUUGGAAACCGCUCGCAGCAAGAUGAGCCAAAUCUUCAAAUUGAAGAACCGGAAUCAAAUCACCAGGUGUCCAAAAUGAAAUUGGGGAUUCUACAUAAGUCGGUGUACAUUCCGCAGCAACAUCGAACAAGUGGGAGGCGCACUAAACAGCAAAUGUUUCAACAACAAUCAUUGCUGUACAGGAACAAAUUGCGACCUCGAGCGUCAGGGCCCACUGAAGACGAUCCUGGCUUGGAUGUCGUACCUGCAGAUUUUUUGCCAUUAAAUCAUGAGACUGCUGUCAAUGCUGUUGUGCAACCGCAGAUUGUGCAACAGGGACAACCACAGCUUAAACGCCAUGGGAGGCCUCCUCAAACCAAGCAGCAGGGACAACCGGAGAUUAAACGUUGUGGGAGAUCUCCUAAAUUAAGAUUAGAUGAAGAUGGAGUUGUCAGGAACCCCCAUUUAGAUCAGCAUCAUGAACAAUCGUGUGGUCCAGUCCGAGGGAGUCCUCGCAAACGAAAAGCCAGUGAUGCUACAAAUGAAGGAGUCCUUCCUUCUUCUGAGCAUGCACAGAGGCGGCAUCUUGGAAGACCUCCUAAAGCAAAACCUGUUUUACAUGCAGGACUUGUUAAUCUGGCAGAAAUUGAUAAACCGCAGAGAGUUGAGCUUCUGUCUGGUGCUACGAACGGGCAGCUCGCGGAUGGAGAAAGAAUCGAGAAGCCCCUUCCUGAGCUGGCAUGCGCAACUCUACAAGUUCCGCGUGAAGGGGAACUCCCUGGUGUUCGGUGCAUGGUGUCGUGGACCCAGUCGAGCAACCUCAUGGGCGAGGUAGCAACCGGCGCGGUGGUCACAAAAAGCACCGGUCAGGCAUGAGGCUCCACCACUAGCCAGAAGGUCGAUCAAAACGCUUCUAGGAGGACUAGUCAAGGCAUAGGGGACAAGAUGCCGCAGCUGGUUGCUAAGGCCUGAUAAGAGUGCUUAAAGGGGUGUCUUA